GCCGCCACGACCGGGGUCCCGACGCCUCCGCAGCCGCCCGCACUCACCGGUGCCCAUGGAGGGCGCGGAGGCCGGGGCGCGGGCCACCUUCGGGCCCUGGGACUACGGCGUGUUCGCGGCGAUGCUGCUGGUGUCCACGGGCAUCGGGCUGUGGGUCGGCCUGGCCCGCGGCGGCCAGCGCAGCGCCGACGACUUCUUCACCGGGGGCCGGCAGCUGGCGGCCGUGCCCGUGGGGCUGUCGCUGGCCGCCAGCUUCAUGUCGGCCGUGCAGGUGCUCGGGGUCCCCGCCGAGGCGGCGCGCUACGGCCUCAAGUUCCUGUGGAUGUGCGCCGGCCAGCUGCUCAACUCGCUGCUCACCGCCCUGCUCUUCCUGCCGGUGUUCUACCGCCUGGGCCUCACCAGCACCUACCAGUACCUAGAGCUCCGCUUCAGCGCGGCAGUGCGGCUCUGCGGGGCGCUGCAGUACCUGGUGGCCACGAUGCUGUACACGGGCAUCGUGAUCUACGCGCCCGCGCUCAUCCUGAACCAAGUGACCGGGUUGGACAUCUGGGCGUCGCUCCUGUCCACGGGAGUAAUCUGCACCUUGUACACGACCGUGGGCGGUAUGAAGGCCGUGGUCUGGACAGACGUGUUCCAGGUGGUGGUGAUGCUCAGCGGCUUCUGGGUGAUCCUGGCCCGCGGCGCCAUGCUCAUGGGGGGCCCCUGGAACGUGCUCGGUCUCGCCCAGAACCAUUCCCGGAUCAACCUGAUGGACUUUGACCCCGAUCCCCGGAGCCGCUACACCUUCUGGACUUUCAUGGUGGGCGGCACGCUGGUGUGGCUCUCCAUGUACGGGGUAAACCAAGCCCAGGUUCAGCGCUACGUGGCUUGCGGCACAGAGAGGAAGGCCAAGCUGGCCCUGCUUGUCAACCAGCUGGGCCUCCUUCUGAUCGUGCUCAGCGCCGCGUGCUGUGGCGUCGUCAUGUUCGUCUUCUACAGAGACUGUGACCCCCUCCUCAGGGGGCGCAUCUCAGCGCCGGACCAGUACAUGCCACUACUCGUGCUGGACAUUUUUGAGGACCUGCCCGGAGUCCCCGGGCUCUUCCUGGCCUGUGCCUACAGUGGCACCCUCAGCACAGCAUCUACCAGUAUCAACGCCAUGGCAGCCGUCACUGUGGAAGACCUCAUCAAGCCGCGGAUGCCCAGCCUGGCACCUCGGAAGCUUGUCCUCAUCUCUAAAGGGCUCUGUGAGUUUGGGGGCCAGGGUGUGGGGCCAGGGAGGUUCUCCGCACUGACUCGACGCCACCCCUGCCCCACAGCCCUCAUCUACGGCUCAGCUUGCCUCACGGUGGCCGCUCUGUCCUCGCUGCUGGGAGGCGGUGUCCUCCAGGGCUCCUUCACAGUGAUGGGCGUCAUCAGUGGGCCUCUGCUGGGCGCCUUCACGCUGGGGAUGCUGCUCCCAGCCUGCAACACGCCCGGCGUCCUGUCGGGGCUGGCUGCAGGCUUGGCUGUAUCCCUGUGGGUGGCCGUGGGGGCCACACUGUAUCCACCCGGAGAGCACAUCAUGGGGGUGCUGCCCACCUCGGCCGCCGGCUGCACCAAUGCCUCGGUCCUCAUGGGCCCACCCGGAGCUGCCAACGCCUCCAGCAGGGUCCCCAGCUCUGGAGUGGACGAAGGCCGCCCUGCCCUGGCUGACACCUUCUAUGCCAUCUCUUAUCUCUACUACGGGGCUCUGGGCACGCUUACCACCAUGCUGUGUGGCGCCCUCAUCAGCUAUCUGACGGGCCCCACCAAGCGCAGCUCCCUGGGCCCCGGACUGCUGUGGUGGGACCUCGCUAGGCAGACGGCGUCCGUGGCCCCGAAGGAAGACGCCACCACCCUGGAGGACAGCCUGGUGAAGGGCCCGGAAGUCACCCCUGCUGUGACCAAAAAGACCCCUGGCCUCCUGCCCGGCGACGAGGCCCACCCGCUGUCCCCGGGGCGCGAUCUCGAGACCAACCUCUGAGGGCGGGGCCCAGGAAGCCAGUGGCGGGCCGCGGACCAGCAGCCUCCUCUCUGAUUGGCUGGACGGGACGUUGCAUGGACGCUUGGCUGACACUGGCCCCCCUCCCCGGGAUGUUCUCCACCGCCCCGGAAACCGCCUGGAACCUUGUGGAGCUGCUCCAGACAGGCUUGCCGGUGGAGCCGCCGGUGCCCAUUUCACAGGCAGAGAAACUGAGGGCUGUCCACCCGACACUGGGGAGGUUCAAAGUUCAGGGGCAUCCUGGGCUACAUAGUGUAUCUGAGGCCAGCCUGGGCUACUGCAGACCCUGCCCCCAACAAACAAAUAUAAGUUACCUGGCCUGCGCCUUGCUAGCAGGGGAGGGCUUGCUCAGCACGCAGUAGGCCCAGGGUCCCAUCCCCACCACCGCGAAGGAGUUUUUAAAAUAGCGGGAGGGACGCAGACACUGGGAAACCAACCGGGGCAGAGAGUGGGGUGUCUCCAGGACACAGCCCCCAGGAGGCGGGAGGGCCGGGGAGUGCCGGGUUGGAUUCUCAGAGCCCCCACGAGACACACGGACAUGGUGACACCUUGAGUGUGACUUGUGGUUUGCAGAACUACCAGGGAACAUGCUUCUUUUGCGAUCAGCCCCCAGCCUCUGCUAAUUGCUCACAGCUCCCACGAGGCCCCAUAUAUGCCACCUCCCACGCUUCCCACCCUUCACCUCCGGGUACAUGCUGAGCAAGCGCUCUACCACUGAACUGCCCACUUAGACCUCCAUAUUUUUGUUUUUGUUUUUGACACAGGGUCUUAAGGAAGUCUGGCUGCUGUCUAGUGAUCUCUCCAUACUUUUGUGUAUAUCAAUAUUUCACUCUUUUUCAAUGCCAAGUAGUAUUCCAUUGUAUGGACAUACCACAACGUGUCACUCAUUCCCAGCAGAUGGAUAGCUAGAUUGUUUCCAGCGUUUGUCUACAAUGAAUAAAAA